AUGCCAGGUGCGAUCACCAAGCGGACACGGUCCAGCAAGACCAAGGUCGUCCCGGCCUCGACCAAGAAGGGAGCCGCCAUUCUCGCCAGCUUCGCCCGCGUUUCCAAGCCACAGUCAGCCCUGCCCAAAGACCUCGCCUCCAAGACCGCCCCUUCCAAGCCGGCCAAAGUCGAGACCAUCGAGAUCAGGAUCGAAUGCUCCAAGAAGCGGAAGGCACCGAUCCAGGACGAGAACUCCGCCCCCGGCAACGACGACUCGCAGCCGCAACAGCCGCUGGCGGCACCGCGGAGCACCAAGCGCCGCCAGCUCGGCACCCUUCAGAACAACGUCCAGCGGCCGCAGACGCCUAGGUCGGCAGAAGGCUCGGCCGACCUCUUCGGCACCCUCGAGCGCCUCAAGCUCCAGUCCUCGCCGUCCGCCAGACGCACCGCCGCCGCCCCGACCCCUGCGUCAGGGCUCCCACGGGAACUGCUGGACCUGAUCAACCUACACGCCGCCUUCACAAAGGCCCUCUCCAUCCACCACGUGCACAACGGCACCGCCGCCCCCGUCGACGUGAGCGAGCUCUGCCCCAGCAUCACGCAGGGAUGGGGCAAGCGCAAGGUCGUGCUCGAGGACGUCCGGCGGUGCAUCGGCGUCCUGACGGCGCCAGCACCAUCACCAUCAUCCACAUCAAGAACCCCGAGCAAGUCUCCAGCACCAACAACCCAACCUGACGUGCCAUACUUCCUCACCGACUACGGCCGAGGAAAGAUCUGCAUCGAGCUCCACCCCCAGGCCCCCGCCAUCCUGAACGAGGCCCGCCUCAACAAGACCUUCGAGGCCGGCCUCGAGCGGCUCUGGGCGGCGCGGACGGGCCCGUCGGCCUCGGACGUCGGGCGCUUCGUCGCGGCCCUGCCGCGGGCGCCCCUGGCCGCGUGCGAGUCGAGGGCCAAGGCCUCGGCCGUCCGCACGAAGGGCCAGCUCACGCUCGAGGAGCUGAAGCAGCACGUGCAGCUCAAGAAGCAGGCUGAGGCGGAGCGCAAGGCGGCCCUGGCCGCCGCCGCCGCUGGAGCCGCCGUCGCCCCGCAGCCCACAAACGCAGACGGCUCCAAGAUGAGCCUCAUCGACCGCAUCCGGUACAAGGAGGCGCUCAAGUCGCGGCAGGGGCCCGCGCCGACGGCGGAGGAGCUCCAGCGCAAGGCGGCGCUGCAGCGCGUCGGGGACGUGGCCGCCGUCAUCUCGAUGCUCACCACGGCCACCGCCAUGGGCCGGAAGCGCGUCGCCUUCACCAUGCCCGCCGUCCUCACCAAGCUCAAGGACUCGCUCCAGGUCCCCAUCUCCCGCGAGGAGGGCGCGGCCUGCGUCAGGCUGCUGGCGACCGACGUCGCGCCCGAGUGGCUCAAGGUUGUCGCGAUUGGGGGGAGGGAUAACGUUGUUGUGUUGCCGGAUUUCACGCCGAGCAAGGCUGUCAUCCAGGAUCGUGUUGCUGUGCUCUCUGGUUGA